UCUCACUCUCCGCCCAGGGAGGCGUUUCAAAGCCCGGCAGAGAAAUGAGAGCACAUCUCGGCUCUGGCUGAACCUCUGCGCCCCGUCUUCUUGUCCUCCUGUCCUCAAGCAGUUGAGUAGAUAAGGCAAAAAACGGAGCAGCCAUCACCAUGGGGGACGACAGCGAGUGGAUGAAGCUGCCCAUCGACCAGAAGUGCGAACACAAGGUAUGGAAAGCAAGACUGAAUGGAUAUGAAGAAGCACUGAAGCUUUUCCAGAGGAUCACAGAUGAGAAAAGUCCUGAAUGGGGGAAAUACCUGGGACUGAUCAAAAAGUUCGUAACGGAGUCCAACGCCGUGGCGCAGCUGAAAGGCUUGGAAGCAGCACUUGUCUUUAUCGAGAAUGCCCAUGUGGCUGGCAAGACAACAGGGGAAGUGGUGUCGGGUGUAGUAAGUAAAGUUUUCAACCAGCCCAAAGCCAGAGCAAAAGAGCUGGGGAUGGAUAUCUGCCUUAUGUACGUAGAGAUCGAGAAAGCUGAAAUUGUUCAGGAUGAGCUCAUCAAAGGACUGGAUAACAAGAACCCUAAGAUUAUCGUGGCCUGCAUCGAAACUCUCCGAAAGGCUUUAAGUGAAUUUGGUUCCAAAAUCAUAACCCUGAAGCCCGUAGUCAAAGUGUUGCCCAAGCUGUUUGAGUCUCGAGAGAAGGCGGUGCGUGACGAGGCCAAAAUGCUAGCAGUAGAGAUUUACAAAUGGAUCCGGGAUGCUUUGCGAACACCGCUGCAGAACAUCAACUCUGUACAGUUGAAAGAGUUGGAGGAGGAGUGGGUGAAGCUUCCCGCCGGUGUGCCGAAGCAGAGCCGCUUCCUGCGCUCUCAGCAGGACCUAAAGGCUAAGUUCGAGCAGCAGCAGGCGGCUGGAGGAGACGAGGCUGAUGGUGAUGAUGAUGGUGAUGCAGAUGAAGUACAAGUGGAUCCAUACGAGCUGCUGGAAGCUGUUGAGAUCCUUUCAAAAAUCCCAAAAGAUUUCUAUGAAAAGAUUGAAGCAAAGAAAUGGCAGGAAAGGAAGGAGGCUUUGGAGGCACUGGAGGCCCUCACUAAAAACCCCAAGAUUGAGGGCGGAGACUUUGGGGACAUAGUCCGAGCUCUUAAGAAGGUUAUCGGAAAAGAUGCCAACGUGAUGCUUGUGAUUUUGGCGGCCAAAUGUCUGGCCGGACUGGCAGCAGGACUGCGCAAAAAGUUCGGAACGUAUGCAGGCCAUGUGGUGCCAACCAUUUUGGAGAAGUUCAAGGAGAAGAAGCCUCAGGUGGUCCAGGCCUUGCAGGAGGCGAUUGAUGCGGUCUUCCUGACGACAACUCUACAGAACGUCAGCGAGGACGUGUUGGGGGUAAUGGACAACAAGAAUCCGUCAAUCAAACAGCAGGCAUCACUGUUCCUGGCCCGAAGCUUGCGUCACUGCACCCCUGCCACAGUGCCGAAGAGCGUCCUGAAGCCGCUCUGCUCUGCUUUAAUCAAGCAAGUGAACGACUCCGCUCCAGAGGUGAGAGAUGCUGCGUUUGAAGCGCUGGGCACCGCCAUGAAGGUGGUGGGAGAGCGGGCGGUUAACCCCUUCCUAGCUGAUCUGGAUAAACUCAAACUGGACAAGAUUAAAGAAUGUGCAGAUAAAGUGGAGCUUGCAGGAGGAAAGAAGGGCGAAGGUGGUGGAGGAGGAGGUCAGAAGAAGGAGAAACCUGCAGCUAAAGCUCCAGUUGUGGAAGAGCCUCCUGCAAAACCUGCUGGUCCACCUAAAAAGGCUCCUGCACCCAAAGCUGCUGGCCCCGCGAAAAAAGGCAAACCUGCUGCAGCCGCCAGCAGCAAGUCAAAGAAAGCACCGGACACAAGAGAAGUUGCAGAAACUGAAUUAUCUCUGGAAGUGUGUGAGGAGAAGGCUGCAGCUGUGCUCCCGGCCACCUGUAUGCAGCUGCUGGACAGCGCUAAUUGGAAAGAGAGGCUUGCUAGCAUGGAGGAGUUUCAAAGGGCUGUUGAACAGAUGGACAGGAGCGAAAUGCCGUGCCAGGCUCUAGUGAGAAUGCUGGCUAAGAAACCUGGCUGGAAAGAGACCAAUUUUCAGGUGAUGCAGAUGAAGCUGCACAUCGUUGGGCUCGUCGCCGGGAAAGGCUCCUUCUCGAAAACCUCGGCUCUCGUCGUGAUGGACGGCCUGGUGGACAAAAUCGGAGACGUGAAGUGCGGCAGCAAAGCCAAAGAGGCUCUGACUGCCAUCGGAGAAGCCUGCUCGCUGCCUUGGACUGCCGAACAGGUGGUCUCUUUGGCGUUUGCACAAAAGAACCCUAAAAACCAGGCUGAAACACUCAACUGGCUGUCCAACGCCAUGAAGGAGUUUGGCUUUGCAGGAAUUAACGUGAAGGGUUUCAUCAACAACGUCAAAACCGCUUUGGGUGCCACCAACCCGGCCGUGAGGACGUCUGCCAUCACCCUGCUUGGCGUGAUGUACUUGUACAUGGGGGCUCCUUUGCGCAUGUUCUUCGAAGACGAAAAGCCGGCACUGCUUUCUCAAAUAGACGCCGAGUUUGAGAAGAUGCAAGGUCAGUCUCCUCCUGCUCCCACACGAGGAUCGACCAAGAAAGGAGCAGAGGACGACCAAGAGGAGGCGGAUGAGGAGGACGCGGACGGGGGUGCCGCUGACAUCAUGGACCUGCUGCCCAGAUCUGAUAUCAGUGAUAAAAUCACAUCAGACAUGGUGGAAAAGAUUAGCGAUAAAAACUGGAAGAUCCGAAAGGAAGGGCUGGAUGAGGUGGCGGCCGUCAUCUCGGAGGCCAAGUUCAUCCAAGCCACCAUCGGAGAGCUGCCCAUAGCGCUGAAGGGCCGCCUCGGUGACUCCAACAAGCUACUGGUUCAGCAAACACUGACCAUCUUGCAGCAGAUUGCCACAGCUAUGGGUCCUGCUCUCAAACAGCACGUGAGGAAUCUGGGCUUCCCCAUCAUUACCGUGUUGGGAGACAGCAAGGCCAACGUCCGUGCCGCUGCCCUGACGACACUAAACGCGUGGGUGGAGCAGACCGGCCUGAAGGAGUGGCUGGAAGGAGAAGACCUGGCAGAAGAGCUGAAACGAGAGAAUCCCUUUCUAAGACAGGAGGUUCUGGGCUGGCUGGCCGAGCGUUUGCCCAACAUGCGCACCGUGCCCGCUGAUCUCAUGCUGUGUGUCCCAAACCUGUACGCCUGUCUGGAGGACCGCAGUGGAGACGUGCGGAAGAAAGCCCAGGAUGCUCUACCCAUGUUCAUGAUGCAUCUGGGCCAUGAUAAGAUGAGCAAGGCCACUAAUAAACUCAAGCCAGCCUCAAAGGACCAGGUGGUUGCCAUGCUGGAGAAGGCCAGGGCAGUGAUGCCCGCCAAACCUGCUGGACCCGCAAAAGCCGCUCCAUCUAAAGCAUCUCAGAGCGCACCACCUGCAAAAGCAGCCCCAGCACCGGCUAAAAGCCAGCCUGUCAUGGAUGACUACAGCCCACCAGAACCCAAACAGGACACCAAGAAAUCCAAAACAGCAGCGCCUGCUCAGAAAAAGGGAGUGGUGGGUAAAAAGGCUCCAGUCAAGGCCGGUAAUAAAGAUGAAGAAGACAAGUCAGGCCCUAUCUUUAUCUUUGUGCCUAAUGGAAAGGAGCAGAGGAUGAAGGAAGAGAAAGCGCUAAAGAUCCUGAAGUGGAACUUCAUCACUCCACGGGACGAGUAUGUGGAACAGCUGAAGACUCAAAUGGCCACGUGCCUGGCAAAGUGGAUAACAGAUGAACUCUUUCACUACGACUUCCAGCGCCACGUAAAGGCCGUCAACGCCAUGAUUGAGCACAUGGAAGCUGAGGCAGAAGCUGUGGUUGGCUGCCUGGAUCUGAUCCUGAAGUGGUUCACGCUGCGCUUCUUCGACACUAACACCAGUAUUCUGAUGAAGGCCAUGGAGUUUCUCAAACUCCUUUUCACCAUGCUGAGCAGAGAGAACUACCACCUGAGCGAGUACGAAGCCUCGUCCUUCAUCCCCUACCUCAUCCUUAAGGUCGGGGAAUCCAAAGACGUGGUGCGCAAAGACGUCCGUGCCAUUUUGACCAUGCUGUGUAUUGUGUAUCCUCCAAGCAAAAUGUUUCCCUUCCUCAUGGAGGGGACCAAGUCCAAGAACUCCAAGCAGAGAUCAGAAUGUCUCGAAGAGCUCGGGUGCCUAAUCGAGAACAACGGCAUGAACGUGUGCCAGCCGACGCCCGCCAAGGCUCUGAAAGACAUCGCCGUUCACAUCGGAGACCGCGACACAUCUGUGCGCAACGCAGCUCUAAACACGGUGGUGGCAGCUUAUAACGUCUGCGGGGACCAGGUCUUCAAACUCAUCGGCAAUCUCUCUGAGAAGGACAUGAGCAUGCUGGAGGAGCGGAUCAAGCGCUCGGCUAAGAAGACGCCUGCCCCACCGACCAAACAGGAGAAAGCGCAGAGGGAGCCGCCGAGUAAUCCUAAUGGCACCUUCCUGCGCAAACCUGCCCAAGAGGAGGUGCCGAACAAACUCAAAAUAAUGUAUCGCACGUAUAGGAUUCAAGCUCGGUCACAGAAUGCCCACUCCGAGCACACAGCACCAUCCAUCCCCAAGGAGUUCCAGCUCGACUUGGACAUGAUUGAAAACGACCACACACGCGUCAGCGACUUCCCUGAUCUCGUGCAGCACAAACUGGAUGAGCUCCUCGAGCCCGUGAUGAUCCCCGAACCCAAGAUUCGUUCCGUCUCUCCUCACUUUGACGACCUCCACAACAGCACAGCCUCCACUAUCAACUUUGUCAUCUCACAGGUGGCCAGUGGUGACAUUAACACCAGUAUCCAGGCUUUGGCACAGAUCGAUGAGGUGCUGCGGCAGGAAGACAAAGCAGAAGCCAUGUCAGGACACAUAGAUCAGUUCCUGAUUGCCACGUUCAUGCAGCUCCGCCUCAUCUACAAUACUCACAUGGCCGACGACCGUCUGGACAAGAAGGACAUCUUUAAACUGUACAGCUGCAUCAUUGGCAACAUGCUCUCGUUGUUCUCAAUGGAGAGCCUGGCCCGGGAGGCGUCUAUGGGUGUGCUAAAGGAUCUGAUGCACGGCCUGAUCACACUGAUGCUGGACUCGAGGGUGGAGGACAUCGAGGACGGCCAGCAGCUCAUCCGCUCGGUCAACCUGCUGGUGGUGCGAGUGCUAGAGAAGUCCGAUCAAACUAAUAUCCUAAGUGCUUUGCUGGUGCUACUACAGGACAGCCUGAUCACCACUGCAGGAUCACCCAUGUUCUCUGAGCUUGUCAUGAAGUGUCUGUGGAGAAUGAUCCGCUUCCUGCCCGAGACCAUUAACAGUAUUAACCUGGAUCGCAUCCUGCUGGACGUCCAUAACUUCAUGAAGGUUUUCCCUAAAGAGAAGCUGAAGCAGCUGAAAAGCGACGUGCCGCAUCGCACUUUGAAAACCUUACUGCACACACUCUGCAAGCUCACUGGGGCCAAGAUACUGGACCAUUUGUCGAUGAUCGAGAACCGGAACGAGUCUGAACUGGAGGCUCAUCUGAGACGGGUGGUGAAACAUUCAGGAAAUUUCUCAGGCCUCAAGUCUGACCAGAACUCUGAGAAAAUGGCCUUCCGAUCUGAGGAUAAGGUGAUCAAAGCAAAAGUGAGCGACAUCCUCUCGGAGAUCUUUAAAAAGAUUGGCUCAAAGGAGAACACUAAAGAGGGCUUAACAGAGCUGUAUGAAUAUAAACAGAAGUAUUCAGACGCUGACUUGGAGCCGUUCCUCAAAAACACGUCCCAGUUUUUCCAGAGCUACGUCGAGCGCGGACUGCGUAUGAUCGAGUCGGAGCGGGAGGGGAAAAGCCGCCUGCAAAGUUCUUCAGUGAUCCCACAGCACAGUGUGGAUUCUGCGUACCCCUCCAACCACAGCUCCAUGUCAGUCAGCAGUAAUGGGGAGGAUCUGAAACCUGCUGUGUACUACGAAAGACUGAAGAUCCUCCGGCAACGCCACGGACUUGAGAACUCUAAGCAGCAGCAACAGCAGCAGCAGCAGCAGGAAGAUGAGCGUCCUCUCUCCCUGCUGUCCAGGCCCCCACUGGCGUCCUCCACUGACAUGCUUCACAGCAAGCUGUCACAACUGAAGGAGUCGCGUGAGUCACAGCUACAGCAAGAGCAGUCGCGCUCACACAGUCCGGGCCGCGCCUCCUCACCCGCCUCCAACCUCGAUGACCUCAAAAAGAGGCUCGAGCGCAUCAAGAGUAACCGGCAAUAGAGACGAGCUCAUACAAACACUCAUCACCCACCCCGGCCCUUACCUUCUCCUGCAUCUAGUUAACUACAUCGAGCUAAACUGCUAACCUCCGCUAGUCUUUCUCACCACUCACAGCUCGGCCGGUUUUCAGGUCUGGUUUAUGUAUAGAUUAACAUAUUGAAAAUAGGAAAUAAAAAAAUAAAACCACAGGUUUGUCCAGCUGUAUAAUAUGAAGUAAACUUUUUGUUUGUUUUUUUUGCUUGUUUAGUCUUGUGCACAAUUGUUUGAGGUUUGUUUCUUUGUAUAUACUGACGGGUGUUAACCACUCCAGGCUUUUCUGUGUCAUGUUUAGGAGUUACAGUGGAUGUGCAGAUGUGCUGUAAUUUGUGUAACCUGGAGAUCUUCACUCUUCCUCUGUCAUCUCUUUUUUUUUAUUUUAUUAUUAUUAUUAUUUAAACAGACAUUUUAGAAUACACUUCAGGUCUCUCUCCAGGUCUCCACUGGGUCUCUGACCAUCUAGCUUUUUUGUUUUUCUGCCACUGAAGCGCUUGAAGGAUUUAAUUUGUUAAGUAAUUUAAGGAGCAUGGCAUGAAGUACUUGAUGUUUUUUUGUAAAUAGUUUGCAUUACUAAGCCCUGUUUAAUUAAUAAUUAAUUAAAAAACUUUGGUUAAUAAUAUUCUAACAUUUUGCACUUGAGAGCAGAAUGUUGGCAGUUCUGAUGCAUCAUUUUUGUAUUUCAUUCAAGUAGUGGUGUUGCUAUUGAGUUUAAGUGUAUAAUCUAUAGUGAAAAUGGCAAUAAAGUUUUUUUUUAUAUAAUGUAACAAACUAUAAGAUGCCUCUUGGCUG